AUGAGCCUUGAUCCAAGCUCGUUUCCGCGGUCCAACUCCCCCGCAAGCUCCGAGAGCUCCCUUACGCGCUCCCGCUUACGUGCAAAAGAAGAGCCUCUGCGAAAGGAUAAGAACUACCGUCGGUAUGCGUCGAGCGUUGAAAGAGCCCUGUCGCUGUUUGACACGGCCCUGCAAGAAUGGGCCGAUUACAUCUCAUUUCUUAGUCGGCUGUUAAAGGCCCUCCAAUCUCACCCCCCGGAUCUACCAAUCGUCCCUCACAAGGUGCUCGUCGCGAAACGGCUUGCACAAUGCUUGAACCCGUCGCUGCCUUCUGGAGUCCACCAGAAGACGCUUGAAGUGUACGCAUAUAUAUUUGAUUUGAUAAAGUCCGAUGGAUUGUCGCAGGACCUACCUCUGUACCUCCCAGGCAUCGCGCCGACCCUAACAUUUGCCUCUCUCACGGUUCGUCCGCUGUUCUUGUCCCUGGUGGAGACACAUGUAUGUGGCCUGGAGCCAUGGGCUAUCCGUCCCGCCUUGAAGGCGAUCAUCUUGGCCCUUUUACCAGGGCUUGAGGAGGAGACGAGCGACGACUUCGAGCCGACGAUUCGAUUGGUCAAUAAAUUCCGUGAUAUUUCUAGCCAGAUGGACUCCAACCGAUCAGGUGUGGAAACAACCUCAAGCGGCCAAUACUUUUGGCAAUGCUUAUUCCUUGCUUCGAUCACUAGCCCUAGCAGACGGUCUGGGGUUUUGGCUUACUUGAACCGCUAUCUCCCAAAAUUGGGCAUAACAGACCGUAGGCCGAGCAAGACGGAGGCAAGCGACGACAUGCCACAAGAUGUUCUACUAGCGGCCGACUCAGUAGUUUCUCCUGAGCCAGGAUUACUGAUCCGCUGCUUCGCGUCUGGGUUAUCAGAUGAACAAGUCCUCGUCCAGCGGAAUUUCCUCGACUUGCUUGUUACGCACCUUCCGCUCAGCUCCCCUAUCUUGCAGGGUCGAAUUACAGACAAUGAUCUUCGCAGGUUGAUCAUUGCUGCCGUUGGCGUUGUCUGGCGACGUGACAUGAGUUUGAAUAGGCGACUAUGGGCUUGGCUCAUGGGACCCGAACCCGCCAACGACAGACCUUCUUUUGAAGGCAGCAACACGGCAUCCGAGAGACAGGCCCCUGCGGUCGGCAGCCAGGAGAUCUCUCAGUCAGAAUACUUCAGUCGCUUUGGUCUGAAUCCACUGAUUGGGGGUCUUCUCCAAAUGAUAGAGCAGGACACACGCAUUCCCUCCGAGAAGACAAGACCCUUCCGUAUAUCACUUUCAUUGAUGGACCGGUGGGAAAUUGGAGGAUACAUCGUGCCAGCGGUGUUUCUUCCUAUUAUUCGGAGCGUCCAGGCCUUUGAAUCGGUAGCGCCGAAAACCCAAUUUGACGAGGUAUUCCGUAGCGCGAGUGCUUUCUUCGAUGGAGUUGAAAGUGGCAUGAUCUUCUCUGAACUCCUUCGUCUGGUUGACUGGAAAUCGGGUGAAUUGAGUCACGAUUAUGACCAGGUAUUGAGCAAUUUGAAGCUCGCUCAGUUCAUCUUAGAGAACUUCAAUGUGCGAGAGGAAGAUAUGGUGCUUACACAUGUUCCAAUACUAACUCUGUCGGUCCUUGUGAAAAUGCGUGAGCUACCAAAAGAAGAUCACUCCUCAUUAACGGAAGAUCAACUACAGCUUUUAUCUAACAGCCUCUCGAAGGUGAUGCAUUCUCUGACAGGACUGAUUACAGAAAGGGCUUUCUCAAGGAAGAACACCUCUGAUAAAGGGUCGAACAAAACGUCAACAUCUCAAAUUGAUGAUUCUGAGGCCCUACGCAAAAUUCAUCGAUUUUACGACCAAAGCAAAGGGAGCCUGGAUCUACCACCAUUACCCUUUGCCCCUAAAGUCUUAGGCGGACUCAUCAUUAGCAAAGCCCAUGAACUCGCUAUUGCCGCUCUCGAUCAUCAUGAUGUUGCUUUGCCGAUUCAUGACAGGGUCAAUCUUCUUAUCGUCUUACUUAGAAAACUGCCGAAGGCGCGUGUUCUACGCGAUCGGCGUUUUUAUCUUGCAAUUUGCAACCGAGCGAACGUAGAUCAAGCCGAUCCGUCUGCUUCCUCCUUCUCGUCCACCUCGGCGAUUGCGUCUGCCGUGACAAGCUUAUAUUCCAUUCAUUCUCCUGGAUUUUAUAUCAGUUAUGAAGAUCUUACUGAUCUUAUUCCGUCACUCGUCAAGCAUCUGUGGCAAUUCCUCUCGCCGUUGAACCCAAAAUAUCACGUUGAGGCGGUUCGUUGCUUGUGGCGCCUACACUCAGUCUCCUGGCCGGACCACAUUGUCGAGGCUGCUAUAACGUCUUUGAUGAUUGACUCAUCAUCAGCUGCAUCUCGCCACUCAUCAUCGGAAGAGCAGAUCGGCAGAUACUUUGUGCUAUGGAAUCACAGCCACCAUGGGACAUAUGACCCGCCACCGAAACACAAGAAUGAAUCAGCUCCGGCCCAUUUACUCUUCCAAUCGUCGAUUCUGGAACGGCCACUUUUUGUUGUUUUAGAUCUUUUAUCCCAGGGGCCAAGUGAGGCUUCUCACCUAGUCGAACAGUGGCUUCAGGAUCUAUCAUCGAUACACAAAGUUUUCCUUAUACUUGUCUCGAGGCUCGAAGCUUUAUCUUCACGGGUUGACCAAUCUGAGGCUGACACGGAGGGCUUGACGAUAUCUCCCGAUGAUUACAAAGAAGGCAAUUAUCUGUUGGAAACACUCCAUAGCUCUCUGUCUGCAGUUUCGCACAAUGGCUGGGUCGCUCUCUUGACCCAUACACCACCUCAAGUGGAGAAACAUAAAGAGACUCGCACCUCGGAAGACCGUGCCGAAGCGGAAUCCCUGCAUUCAACCUUCUUCCAGCAUACCUUAAAAGUAGUCAGUGGGAAGAUUGCCAGUGCUGAACAGACCUCCCUCGACGAGGUCAAAUUACAGCAAAGCGCCCUUCUCGUCAUGCGCCAGCUUCUACUAGGUCCCGGCGCCGAAAUCAUCGUCGAGUCCGGUAUUGACGCUUUUCUUGUUGACCGACUCUUACACGUCCUCGAUGCGGGUGGCAGCAUCGCCAUACAAGGAGCGCUUAUCGACACCCUUCUUGCUGCAUUGAAGGUUCGGUUUGCUCAGGCCUAUCUACCUCCACCCCCUCCUAGGCCGAAACAUCAGAGAGCUAGCUCCCGAGAACGCCUAACGAGUCCAUCAAUAUUGUCUUUCACGAGUGAUAAAGCUGAAAAGUCUCCCGCGGUGUCAAUCUUACCACAGCCUCCGCAACACCUGCUCGACUGUAUUCUCAAGGGUAUCAGCUCGCCAAACUCCAGAGAGAUUGUGGAACGAUGGACUGUACUGCUCUGCGAGGUGCUCCCAUUGUAUACAGGGUCCAUUUUUCAGAUCCUUUUGUUGUUGGUGGAAUGCUUCUGCAAGGAGAUUCAACUCUCGUACGCCAGUCUUCAGCUCGCAUUCAAGCAAACAAUAAAGUGGCGCGAGGACCGCUCGGAGCAUGCGAUUAUUGCAUUGCUUGCCGGUCUUGAGACAUGUAUUGCAACUGCUCACGAACGCCUUCUCUUCGAGGAAACCAAUACACCAGCCGCUAAAAGCCCCGAUCAAACACAUGGUUUCUUCGGAAACAUGGUGUCAGGUGUCUUUUCUUCGGAUGCUGGUCAAAACCGACCGUCAGCUGCCAACAACAGACUUACAGUACUACUGUGCUUCCAAGAUGCUGUGCGAUUAUGCUUCUCUAUCUGGUCAUGGGGCGCUGUGGAAAGGAGCACUCUCCCUCAAGAUGCGGAGUCUGUUGCAUCAUUCCAAUAUACCUCCUUGCGCAUGAGGAACAGGUCUCGACGAAUUCUAGAACAUCUUUUCACCGCGGAAGCUCUUGAAUCUCUGGAGACACUGGUGGAGAUGUGGACGAAGUCAGAUCCUGAUACUUCAUCUCUCAUCUUCAGUCUUAUCCACACCUUGGAUGGCUCUAGACCCAAGAUCACGAUACCAGCCGUUUUCAAUGCAAUUUAUACGCGAACGAAUCCAUCGGCACUGGACCCAAGCCGUAAAUCCACUCUGUCAUCCUCCCUGACGGAGGCGGAGCUGGCCGGGUUUCUAGUAGCAUACGCCAAGUCCCUUGACGAUGAUGUUCUGGACGAGAUUUGGGCUGACUGCACUACCUUUUUGCGUGAUGUUUUAAGUAACCCAUUCCCGCAUCGGCAGAUCCUUCCUCGCUUGGUUGAGUUUGCUGCCAUACUAGGAGCUAAGUUGGAUAAUACAAGCUUCGGCGAUGACCGGCGAAUGCGAAGGGAGCUUGGGGAUGUUUUACUUCGCUUACUUACAGCUAUUUUCACGAGCAAGCCUCUGGGAUUGUCUCAGGAAUCCGGCCUAAUGAGUCGGGCCUCUUUGGACCAUGAUAAUUCGUCCGUGCCUCACAUGGGGCCUGAUGAUAUGCUAAGCAUUCUCUCCUUAUCCAUGCCAGCCUUCACCACUACCUUGGGUGAUUCGGAUCGUAUCAGCUCGGCCGUUUCUGGCAUCUCGACCAAUGUGAUUGCUCCUCUAUUGCGGUCGCGGCUUUUCCCAAACAAUGUGAACCGCAGUUUCAUGGCUCUUCUGCAGCACAUAGCUAAAGCCCCCGCUGCAGCCAAGAUCUGGAAGAAGGACAUAUCAGAUGCCUUCAACGAUCCCAGGUUUUUCGGCUCACAGGUCGACUUGGUGAAGGAUGGUUGGAUGACUCUGUUGCGGCAAUGGGUUCUCGCCGAUAAAGAUCGGCUAUCCGAAUUGAUGGCUCGCCUUCCUCCGCCAAGCACUGCCGGUAUCAUGUUUGGUGUAGGCGCAUCCGCCGCGCGCCUGGAUGCUGACCGCAAGGCGCAGUUGAACUUUCGCAGAAUUGCCCUGCUGAUCUUGUGUGCAAACAAUGACUACUUCGUUGGGGAAUUGCCAGGUCUCCUCCAGAAACUAGAAGAUUUACUGGGAGCUACCAUCUCAUCCUCUCCCUCGUCGAACACGCGAGCCGAAAUUUUUAUGGUUCUUCGGGCGCUUACCCUCAAGACCUCGACCAAUAUGCUGGCUCCGUUUUGGCCGAUAAUCAACACCGAGCUACAAGAAGCCAUUGCGGCCAUACCCCUCGGGCUCCAUCAAGAGGUAUACAAUCCGUGCUCGCUGUUGCAGGCGUGUAAAUUGCUGGAUACACUGCUGGUUCUUGCGCCCGAUGAUUUCCAACUCCUCGAGUGGCUCUACGUCACGGAUACAAUUGAUGCCAUCUAUCCUCCUGAUCGCUGGGAAUCCAUGGCCCUUGCCGACGAGAUAUCGCAAGGCCUAGGAGUACGAGCAUCACCAUCUCCGCGAACGCCCACGAAUCCGGUCGAGACCGACAACGACCCGAAGAAACCGGGCCUCACGGCGGAUUGGAUCCGCGAAACUGCCAAGGACGAGAUUAUCGAGCGCGUCCUCCGUCCAUGGUUUGAUCAGCUUAGCAUCCAUGCUUUUGAGAGCACAUACAGUAUGGGUAGUCCAAGCUUGGAAAACCGGGACACACACUUCCAUUAUUCACAAUGGCCAGAACCCACCUCCCUCGGGGUUUACAAGAAGUCCAACAUCUACUGGGCACUGCCCGACUUUCCGAUCGAGCAUCCCGGGCCCAAUGAUCCCAAUUUUAUGCUCUCCAAUUAUCCUCGCCUACCUGCUCAUAAUCCGCGGGAUCCGCCCUGCUGGCCAGAGGACCUAUACCCGGUCAAAAUUCUCACACUUGUGGCACUGACCGAAACUUUAAUCCUUCUGGCCAGCCGUGAUGUAUACCAUCCAAAUGAGCUAAUGUCCCACUGGUUCAGUUUGCACAAUUGCCCUACAAUCCAUAGUAAGGACACCUAUGUUAAAGCCGAAGAUCUUCAGCCGCAUUUCCGUACGUACUGGCGGCUCUUGGAUAGCGAUCCGGUGCCUGGACAGAAUUUGGGAUUGGGUGUACUGGAGAAGCUUGCAAAGCUUCGCCGAAUGAUGCUCGAUAGCAUGCCUCCGCCUCCAAACACUCGCAGGUGGUCGAGCCCGGAGCAACUCGAGAGUUAUGAGAAAUAUGGGUCUCAUACUCUGUCCAAAUACUGGCCCUGA